AUCAUGUUAUUCGCACUUUUUUCCAUUCCUACGUUACAUUAACUAUAGUCUAUUCUUAAAGUCAAACAAUUCAUUUUCCUCUCUGUUAGAACCUCAUUCGACGAUGCACAAGAUACGUACAAGCUCCACAUAAGCGUCCAAGUUCACAGCCCAUACUCUUUAUUUACUUCCUGAGACUAUAUAACGCGAUUGUACUUCUCGUUCAUGCCUCAACAUCUCACAUUCUUUCUCGCUCAUCCACAGCAUCUCACAUUCUGAAUCUCGAGAAAAAUAAAAUAAAGGGGUCUUGAAAUCGUACGUAGAUUUGGGCCUGCUUACAUGCUAAAAAUGUUCAGCGGAUUGAGCGCUAUCAUCCCGACUACGCUGCUUAUUUGUUUGGUCACCUAAAUUGUGAAGCUCUCAGUACACAAGUUAAUCUAUACUUUCGGGUAACGUGGGAUUUUGAAAAAGCAGGAAAAGGAUUAGCCAAACAACGCAUAUUGAAAUUUGGUUUUAAGAAAGUUGCUAAAAAGAACGAUUUUAUUCUCAUUGAAGAAGUUGGUGACGCAUUUCGACAAUCAGGACAAAAUCCACCAACAGAUGUUGUUAAAGAUAUGAUUGAAAAAGCAAAAAAUUUAAAACGCUCGAAUGAAACCGGAGAUACUUCUGAAGAAUUUGAUAAUAAACUAUCUAUAGCAGAUUUUCUUACUAUUGUUCAUGAAUAUUGGUUUCCAAUCGAAGAAGAUAAAGAACAAUUACAAUAA